CUUGAUUAGCUCAGAUAGCCGUCGACAUCAGAGCUGGAAGGGAGCGAUCUUGUGUCUGCAAGCUUCAUAUAGAAAAACUCUCCAGAAGACAAGAAAGGCCUCGGGAGGGACGAGCCCUCUUCCUCUACACCACGCUCAUCAUCACAACAAGACCAUGAGCGCCCCGGAGCACAAUCACUCAUUGUUCAACGACAGCGGCACGCCAUGGUUCAUCUACCACUGCACCCUCGAACUGGACCAGGACUACCGGCGCAUCGCCCUCUUCCUGCUCUACCUCUUCGUCUUCAUCGUGGGGCUGCUGGAGAACGGCCUGGUCGUCUGGGUGAACUGGCGCCGGCGCCACUCGGCCAACGGCGUCCUCUUCUGCAUCAUCAACGUGAGCCUGUCGGACCUGAUGGUGAUCGUGAUCCUGCCCUUCUUCAUGAUGGAGGUGACCAUGGACAAGGUGUGGCUGUGGGGGCGGUUCCUCUGCAAGGUCACCAACCUCAUCUACGUGGUCAACUUCUACAGCAGCUCCUUCUUCCUCGCCUUAAUGACCCUGGAGCGCUACCUGUCCCUGACGAGGCCCACGUUUCCCGCCCUUUUCCCCGUGGUGGGACGCCGCCGCUGGGUCCUCUGCGGCGGCCUCUGGACGUUCUCCUUGUUCCUGGCUCUGAUGGAGAACGUCCACGUGGAUCUUCUGGAGUGGGACGAGCCGGGCUGCUACAUGCUGCCUGAGUUCAACUUCACCGAGUGGUUCGUCUCCGUGGCGUUCCUCUGCCUCAUCUUCCAGUUCCUCGCGCCCGCCGCCAUCAUCAUCACCUGCAACGUGCUGAUCGCUCGAGCGGUGCGGACGGCGCCCGACAUCCAAGGGCGGCGCGACGUGUGGCUGGUGCACGUGUACUCGCUGGUGUUCGUCAUGUGCUGGCUGCCGUACCACCUGGUCAUGUUGCUGAUGAUCAUAGACGACCUCGACUACAUGCUCUUCAGCUGCAACACGGUGGAAGUGCUCUACUUCUCCUUCAGCGUGGUGCAGAGCCUCUCGCUGUUCCACUGCGUCGCCAACCCCAUCCUCUACAACUUCCUCAGCAAGAGCUUCCGCAGCAACCUCCUCAACACGGUGGUGAGCUACAUCCCCAAAGAGGACGCUUUGAACCAGGUGGGGGCGGGGACCGGGCCGAACGCUCCCAACGGCGGCGGUGGUGGCGGCGGGGGAGGCCCACCAGGAAAGCAGCGCAGGUUAAGUAACGCCAGCACCAGCCAGUCCGAUGUUGAAUCAUAAGAAGGAGACUGAAGAUUUUAGCUUCAGGUGCCAGAAAGAUCUGACAGAACUGAAUCCAGAUUUUAGAGCUUCAGAAUCCCAGGAGUGAAAACAAAGACAUCCAACUACUUCUUUUGUAAACCAGCAGAAAAGCAGCGUUAUUUUUUUUUUUUUUGCUUCUUCUUCUGGACGAGUUUUUGCAAAUGACAUUUCUCUGCAGCCUUCAGGACGUCGUGAUGUUUUUUUUUUCAUCGCCUUGUAAAACUAGCGGCUAUUUCCAGAUAACAGACCAAUCAGAUCUCUGAAUGCAUCAAAUCCAGUUUUGUUUUUUUCCCAGUGUACUUAAAGGCUUUAUAUGUGAUUUUUUGAUCCAGCAGAUGUCGCCCUUGAGCACCAGCAUGAAAUAAAAACAACUUGCGCUGCAUUGUUGUGUUAGCAUGCUAAUGCUAGCGAUCUUUAUUAUGCUCGUAUCUUCACACUGCAUGUAAAUUUACCUGAAAUGAGCGUGAUCUAGAAACACAGUUAAGCAGUGAGUACAGUAUGUUAUUCUUCUUUUCUCUAGUCCCUCAAUUAAACAACUUUUAUACACGAGGGGAGGAGUCAGCCGGCCGUCCUGGCGAUGUAAACAAAGUGAAGAUAGGACUCUGAAAACAUCACAGACAGUGGGACUCGGGUGUUACACCCAUUGUAGACAGUCAUGACUCACAGAGUUAUUUUCAGAGGAUAUACUUGAUUUAUACAUUUAAGUGUGAAAAAUCACAUAUUAAGACUUUAAAUAUCAGCUUUACAUUUAGAUCAUUAUCCAUAUUUGAGCUCUUGUGGAUGAUUUAUUUGUUGUCUGUGUGGCACAGUUGUUUUUAACUGUUCCCCCCAGAGGGAGUGAUAGUUGAUUCAUUCAUGGAUAGCAGAGUUACAGAAAGUUUUGGACUCAUUAUUGUGCUGUUUGUUUGUUUGUUACCCCAACACCUCCCUUUAAAACAUCCCACUCCCUGUGGUUCCUCUAAUGUAUCUGAUCACAGUUUGGGAGACAGGGGGAAGGCAGGAAAUGUCUGAUGUUUUUGUUUCUCUCUCAAAGCUGCAUGCUGAACUCCCACAGGAACUCACGGCAGCGUUUUGAAAUCUCUGAAUAGAAAGACGUAAUGGCACAGCAGGAAUGUGUGUGUGAAAACAUGCGUGUGUGCAGCGCCUGAUAAGAGAUGCCACUCUGGGAAGAAGGUUGUCGAGGCUUUUCAUAAUUCAGACCACACCAUCUCCAUGAUCGUGUUGAUCUAAAGUAACGACAGACGCCCUUAAAUAAAAUCACAGAUCUUCAGUCACAUUUUCAACCCAAAACUUCCCCCAAGAGGAUAAAAAGUGAUAUUUUAAAACAUCUCCAUGUCCUACUUUCUGGGACAACUGACGAGAUUAAAUUGUUUUUGUGUAAUUUGGACGGUGUGCAGGAGUUUGCUUUCAUUUGUUGUUAAUUAAAACGAAAUCGGGUGCCUAGGACUUCUUUUAUUUGUUGCCAUGGUAUCGAAACAGGUCUCUAUGACGUUGGAUUUUUUACUUGUAUUGUAUUGAAGUUUAACAUUCUGGUGUUGGUGUUGUUUCCGCCUCGAUGUGACCAUCUUGCAAAUGUGAAAAUAAAUCAAAGCUCAGAUUAUUAAGUGCUUAUUUAUCUGCUGUUUUCUGCACGUGCUGUUUAAAAUCCAAUAAAUCUUCAUCAAACAUUGUUUACAUGCUUUCAAACUGCAGAUCAUGACUUUAAACUCAAACAGCUUGUAGUUUUUCUAUAUAUCAGAGAUGUUUCUGCACUAAGCCAUCUGCUUUUUGUCCAUUCAGUGAACUCGUAACACUCCAUUAAGUGCACGCACUUCCAUUUCUGUCUGUCUGGAAAGCAUCACAGUUGAAAUGAUAAGAAUGCAGAAAAAAAAAGGAAGAGGGGAUGUCAGUCUGCAGAUGGCACAAUAGCAGGAAGAGACAGGGCUUUAAAAAGGGUAAAGGUUCACAAGCCCCUGGAAGCAGGACGUUCACAAAAACUACGCAGAUUCUGCAACUUCACGGCCGAGAUUGUGAUGAUGGAGGGGAUUCUGCGGUGUGAGAGGUCGAGGCAAACAGAUUAAAAACUCGUUCAAGCGGAGAUAACAGUCUUCCUCCAGGAUUUUUUUAUUUUUCCUUUUUGAAAAACAUAAAAACAAAAAAACAAUACUCAAAGAAGGCCAACAUUCAUAAAAAAACAUAAUGCAACGUAUCGAGGCGUACAGAUAAUAAAUACACUGUCAUCAUAAAUAUGAGGUAAGAAACAUUGUACACUCAAACGUAAUGGGCACUUAAACAUCAUGAUCGGACACAUCAUGGGUUACAUGAAAGAGAAAUGAAAUGCACUCUCUCUCUUUCUCUUGUGUGGCUGGUUUUUGUUGUUUCCAUGGAGAAAAAU